AAAUACAGACUUGUUCAUUUUCGGUUUUGACAACCAACACAUGUUUAGGCGUAACUUGUGACAAGUGUGGCUCCUACUAACCUACAAACUCUCUGACAGUUCAUUAAAUUUGGGUUAAACAAAAAAAGAUGGAGAAUAAACAGCUUACUAAAAACAUGGAUAAAAUCAACGUGACGUACGUUUUUAAAUUCGAACAGACUCACGAUGAGAUUGCGUUUGACAACUACAUGCAGGCCCAUUGGGCGGAUAGCUUCAUUUACUCUGCCGUGUAUCUCAUAGUGAUAUUUGGAACCCAAGUGUACAUGCAAAACAGAAAAAGAUACGAGCUGCGACCUUACCUGGCUUUGUGGAGUGGACUUCUAGCAGUAUUCAGCAUCAUUGGCUCCUUUCGCACCCUGCCAGAAAUGGUGUGGAGCCUUAAGACCCAAGGAUUUUUUUACUCGUGCUGUAACAGUUCAUUCAUCGACCAGGGUAAUGUAUCCAGUUUUUGGACAGCAUUAUUCACCUUGUCAAAAGUUCUAGAGCUCGGGGACACAGUAUUCAUUGUUCUGAGAAAGCAGCCGCUGAUAUUUCUCCACUGGUAUCACCACAUUACUGUUCUUUGGUACUGUUGGUUUAGCUACUCUGAAAAAAUUGCACCCGGCAGGUGGUUUAUGGUGAUGAACUAUGUUGUUCAUUCCUUUAUGUACUCUUACUACUGUGUGCGAGCCUUACAAUACCAGCUACCAAAAUGGGUAAACAUGUUUAUUACAACACUCCAGGUUAUACAGAUGAUCAUGGGAAUCGUGGUGAAUAUUGUAGCUUACAAUGCUCUGAAUGAGGGAAAGCAAUGCCACCACAACUACAGAAACAUCCGAUUCUGUUUGAUUAUGUAUUUCAGUUACCUUGUUUUAUUCUUACACUUUUUCUACUCAACAUACAUUGUCAAAAAACCAUCCACUCGUGGUCAACAUGACAAGCAGAAAGUUCAUUAACACAAGACACCAGGAAGAUCGCAAGGCAUUAAAAAGGGAACAUCAUUGUUUCCAUGAAUUCCAGUGACAUGCAAUGAUUGCUCAACUUGAAAAGUGACACUGCGUCAGAUUGACUGUUUUAAUUCAUAGAUUGCUUCUGCGCAGGUAGAUGAGAAUGUACAAGCUGAAGCAAGUGAGUAAAAUCUGCCUUCAGUGUUCAAUGUUUAAAACAAAAACAGUUUUUAGGCACUUCUGUAUAAGUAUUGAAUAUCUGUAAAGUUCUUGAAAUUGCCAGAAAAGAAAGAAAAUGUACAGAAAUUUAAUGUAUUAUUUUAAAUCAAAAAGUAUCUUUUUCACACAUUUGAAUCCAUGCUGUAAUACACAAUUGUUUGCAAGAUAUCAUUUUUGUAUGCCCCAACAUUAAAAGAUUCUGGGAUGUAUUUAGCAAUUGGCUUGUCCAUUCAUUCUUUUUAUGUUGACUGCAAUUAAAAUGACAUUAAUAACAUCAAUUAUGCUUUCUACAAAGCAUUGAUUCGAUACAUGUACUUGAAUGGAUGAUAUCUUUGAACACUAUAUAUCAACAUGCCCUCAUCACCUGGGCAAGUAUUCAUUAUAUUUCCUGUUUAAAUCUUUUAAUAUAUUUUUUUUAAACAAAAAUAUUGAGUACUUUUUAAGCAGAAAAUAUCAGAUUUGUUAAUGAAAUUUUUAUCUGAAAUUCUUAUUUAGGUAUAUUUCUGGGCUUAGUGAAUACAAGCACUGACCUCAUAUGACCUAGACAAUGACAUACUUUUUUGACUGGGAUAAUUGUUAUUCAGAAGGUCAAAAUUCUUGGUAAACCCAUAAUGACGUGUUUUGCCUGCAUCCAUACCGCUUCCUACAAAGCUUCAUUACUUGAAUUGAUGUUAACUAUGAACAGGGUAAACACAUCCAAAUCACCUGAUCUCAUUUUGAUCUUGAAAUCUACUUACUUUUGGACCUGGGUCAAAGUAUUAUGUUGACCCAAAAUGAUUUGUUUUUUAUCUUUAAUCAAUACAGCUUGCUACGAAGCUUUAACACUUGAUAGAUUACGUCUUCAAAAGCUAUCAUUAAAUGAUUUGAUCCCCAUCAUCUGACCUCAUUUUGAUUAGAAGGUCCAAAUACACAAUUCUUGGUCAUACCAAAAUGGUGAGUUUCAUCUGACAUCAAUAGCACUGGCUACAAAGCUUUGAUACUUGCAUGGAUGGUAUGUCUUAACACUGAUCAGGUUAGGUCAGUUGGUAGAGAGCUGACUACACAUCCUUGGAUUGGGGCUCAAACCCUAGCCCUUUCUCUUAACUUGUAUGGGGAUUUUUCGUGAAAUCCUUUCUAAGGUUAAUCCCCAUCUGAUUCCAAUAGGGCAGUUGUCUGUUACUAAAAUGAAUAUUACUGUAUGUACACUUAAGUAAAGAUAAACCAGCUAUUGCAGGAAAAUGGCGAGUUGGUUAACUGACUGCCAUUAUAUGUCUAAAAUACUGUUGAAAACAGCUAGAAAUGGCGCGGCAGAGGCUGACGCGAACCCCGACACAGCAUGUUUGACCGAGGGGGCGCCCCAGGUUUGGCAAUGGGGCCAUGCAUAGUUGAGAUUGACCAUAUUGUUGAAGAGAUGUUCAGUAUCAAUUUGAAGUAAAUUGGUGUAGAAAUGAAGAAGUUAAUGUAAAAUAACAUAAAAAAUGAGUGAAAAUCUCUGACCCAGCCCCACACCAACUCCCAUAACUUUUGACCCAGGGGUCAAAUCAAAAUUCCAAAUAGUGCACAUAUGCUCAUAGCUACCAUGUGUGUAAGUUUCAAGGUUCUAGUGCUAAUAGUGUAGGAGGAGAUAGUGGCAAGGAUGGACGGACAGAUGGCGGAGAUAACCACAAUAUCCCCACGCUUUCAAAAAGUGUGAGGAUAAAUACAACUAAACAAAAAAACACUUCAUAUCCAAUCACCUGUCACAAUUUUGUGAAACCAGCUAUUUCAUGAAGCUUUUUUUAUUAUUAUUUACACCUCCUAUUGUCCACAUGUUGUUAAAUGAUUAAAAUGAAGUGUUAUUUAUCAAGUAGUGAAUGUGUACUUAUUUAUUAGUGUAUUGAACUGGAUAAAUGUUAGAGCAUUCUCUAUCAUUCUCACUCUUUAUUAACUGCAAUGUAUGGCAGCCCAAUCUCUAUGGUGGCAAAACCAUAUUAUGUUGCAUUACAUGACUGAUUGGUUUUGAGAAGUGUGUUCUCUUCCUCUUCCAUAUCAAUAAUUGUUUAAAAAAUAUAAUUUUGUUCAUGUUGAAAAAUAGAAUGUCAAGACAAGAAAGGGAUUGAACAAACCAGUUCCCAUAAAAUUACAUGCUUUUUAUUGUAUUUUAAGAUAGUUGCAUCUUUCACCUGUAUUGCACAGUGAUAACUUUUAUGUCACAAUCAGUUGUCUGUGAAAUAUUUAAAUAUAUACCUUUAUCUUUCAUGUUAACCCAUCUUUUAACCCACUGAGAUCAUUUUCACCUGAAGGUAAUGUGUACUACAUGAGGCCAAAGUUUCAAAUUGCCCAAAUAUUUAGGGCAUGUUCUGCUGUUAUCAGUGUAUGAACACAUGUAUGUACUGAUCACGCUGUGACAGUAACUAGAUUUUAAACAUUCAGAAUGAUACCCUAUGUACUGAUACAGCCUACUUUUUAUUUUCAAAACCAUGUCACUUGACACUUUGUUUAAACCUUGUACCAAAGAUUACCUAUGACCUGGCUGGACUGUUGUACAUUAUAUCAUAAUGUGAAAAAAAGUGGCCAGUAUGACCUGCCAAAAAAUUUAUUGUAUUUGUUAUUUUACCAUAUUUUUUAAUAAAAAUUUUGUGUUUAAGUUUGUGAAAUAAUUUUGUAAUAUUCAAAUGCUUUCACAUGUUAAACUCUUUUGCUAUUUUACAUUAAUAACUUAUUGUUUUGGUAUUGAUUUUUUAAACGUGACAUUUGAUCAAUUAUUAGAUUUACUAGAGCAAGUCGAGCUUAAUAAUAAAAAUAUCUAGUUUAAACAGGUUUAAGAUAUGAAUUUAGCGGUCUCAUGUGUAUCUAUUCACCAUGAAUUAGCAGGUCAUGUUGGGGCAAGUGCAAGCCUGUGGAUCAUUUCCAAUGGUUUUAAUCUUAAGCCCAGUGUUACCUGCAUGUGCGGCUAUAAUUGUAGUCAAACAUUGAAGUCCAGAUCACCAAAACUAUUUUUACAUGUUUUAAGAUUGUUCAGAAGAUACCAGCCAAUCCUUGUCUGGUAAGCGUGGUUGGUUCAUGCCCAUCUGACCUUGACUACCUGAGUUCAAUCAAUGUUCAUGGCUCAUGGGACUUAAGGUGGUUGUAAAAUACCUAAUACAUGUACAUGGGGUUUUCUUCUAGAGACUUAAGCUUCCUCCUCAUGGCAAGAUCACAUCAAAAUUGAAUACUUUUCAGUAUCCAAGAAAAAGCUGGAAAUAGCAGCUUUCUUCAAAAUUCAAAUUAAGUCCCAACUGAGGUGAGUCUAGUAUGUUAAUCAGGUACAUGUGUGUAAUAGAUAGAUAGAUAGAUAGAUAGAUAGAUAGAUAGGUUUAUUCGGCAUAUACAUGUCAAAUAAUAACAUUUACAAGGAGUUUUGAAGGAGUUUGGGGAAACACUACAGGUCCUCAACUAAUGCAGCCUCAGGUGGGGAAGGACCAAAUAAACUCACAAAACAAACACUCGAGAUACAAUCCAGUUGAAGGCCAAGUAUAACAGUAAUUGUUCUAUUUUCAUAAGUGUCUAAUGCCUAGAAAUUAUUAUUUACUUGCUGAUGUUAUUUUUUCCUACUGUUAACUGGCAUCUAAAGUUCAAAGUGGUAACCACCCUCUAGUUUGACAUUCUAUACAUUUUUUUAGUGAUUUGCAAGAGAUGUCUUACAUUGUAUGAUUGAACAUACAUGUGUAUGCUAGUAUUAGAGACCUAAUUGAAGCAUUAUUAUAAGUCUACAUGUAUUUGUAUAUGCUUACUGAGUCACAGCAUAUUUUAGCAAAUGUCUGUGUUUUUUGUAUUAAAAGUUCUCAAAUACAGGUAGGUAUUUUAUAACAUUUCAAACACAAUGCAUACAUGCAAGAAAAUCUUAUUGUUCUUCUUAUCUUUUGUAUGAUGUCGUUAUAUUCUGUAAUAAUGUCUGCAAUAUACUUUCCAUUUCAUUGUGACUUUAAGGGUCUUUUAAAAUGUAUAAUUAAAUAACAUAACUACAUAAUUGUCCAUUAUGCAUCAUGUGCACUGUGCAUUAGCAGUAAUUGAUGUGUAGACCUAUUCAUAAAGCUAUGAUAACCCUUUGAAUGCUGGGAAAUUUGUCUUCUGCUAAAAUGUCGUCUGCUGAAUUUCUAAAAUUAGCAUUUUCUUCGAUUUUUUUUUCCAAAGAAUACUAUCAGAAUAGCAAACAGUUUGGAUCCUGAUGAGACACCACGUUCUGUGGCGUCUCAUCUGGAUCCAAACUGUUUGCAAAGGCCUUCAAAAUUCAGUUCCCGCACUGAAAGGGAUACACUCCUGAACAUGUGCAGCUAGGAAUGCAACUUACACAAAUAUUAGAUCAAAUCAGUUUUAUUAUUCACAGUUCUUUCAGUGGCUCUAAGUAACGUAUCUAUUUUUUUAUCCAAAAUUGAAAUGCAGAUUUACUUAUGCCCCUUUAGUGGUGUCAAACUGAUGUAAUCAUGAUACUGUUAAUCAUACAACAUGAUAAAGGUCCUAAUUCAAACUACCUUCAACCUUAAAUUGACCUAGUGGUCUAUUUGCUCUAUCAAGGAGGCUAUCUUAAUCAUUCUCAUUCAAAGGUUAAAUAGAUGUGCACAAUACAUGAUCAUGAUUUGGAAAAAAAUCCAAGUACAAAAACCUGUCAUCUGUGGCAAUUUAACGAUUAAUGUUGUUAUUUCAUACCAUUUUUUUUUCUUAUGGAGAACAUAGGUCCUGUUUUUUAAUCUUUAAUAUAUUUAUGCACAAAAUUGAUGUUUUCGUAAAUUAAAAUGUUGUCUUCAUAGUUAAUAUAUUUUUUCUAAUAUUCAGUACUGUUUUAUUCCUUGCUAAUGAAACAUGUUUUUAAUUAUGUGUACUAGCUGUUGAUUUUGUUUUGAUUCCAAGAAUUUCAAAAAAAUGACCACUGUGUUUUCAUUCCAGAGGCUUUUGAGUGUAAUCUAGUUGUAUCUUUUAUAGUUGUUAAUGUGUUCGUGUAAGUUCAAUGCAAAAUUCUUGUACGUAAUACUGAUACAUAUGCAGUUGGCCAGUCUUUAUCUGGCAGUUUUUUCUUAAUAUUCUGAUUGAGAAGCAUUUUUACCCAAAGAACCAAGAUCUUUGUGUGAAUUUCCAUACAGUUUGGUUUCUCUGUUUGUUUGAAUUGAUAGAUUGCUGUGUGCCAUUAUUUUCCUAAGGAUUGUAUUUAAUAUAUUUCAAUGGUUAAGUUGGUGAUAUUACAUGUAUGAUAUACAGUGUUUAGCAAUUGUAGUCAUAAGCUCAUUUCUCUCAUAAAAUGCACACUCAUUAUUACAUUUUGUUCAAAAUUGGUAUACAUAAUCAACUGUAUGCUUGUAUCUUUUGUAAUACUAGUAUUUUUAAUGUCAUGUUAUUUACUUUACUUCCACAUGUUAAGCCAUCUUGUAUUGCAGUAGUGCUAUAUCAUACCAAUAAAUUGAGCAUUUAAAAUACUGUAUUCAUAUUCACCUUAUGUAAGUAUAGAAAAUAUUAUUUGUUAGCAACUUACAAAAUCUUACAUACACUUUUAUUCUCACAAAUGUGAACAGUGUAAGGCACUAUUGUCUUGAAUGCGUUUAUGAUAGUUAUUAAUAUUACAUAUAAUGGUAGUGCUGUGUAUUGCCAAUGCCUAUGUGUACCUCAUAUGGCUGAUCCACUGAUGUUAUGUGACUAAUCCGCUGAUUUAAGUGCUGCCUUUUAAGUUUGUAUGUUUUUGUAAGUUUGAUAUUUUAUUUGUUUGCCUUAUGGAUAUGCUGUUUUGUAUUUCCCACUAUACAUUAUUCUAUGUAUGAGUACUAUUUGAUCAACAACAAAUAAAAACACAGUAUUACUUUUUAA